GAGCAGCUUUGUCCCAAAAUGUGUCGGGGUUUUUUUUCAGAGAAACAUGUGAUUAAUGAAAAACGAAGCCUCACAUUGUUUCCAGUCACUUGAAUGCUACACUUUGCGUGUCAGAAUGUUUGAACCCAGACCGUUAGCCUACUAUAUGAAAGUCCAUUUACUAAACAUUUUAAAUAUAUAUGCCUGUAACUCAGUAGGCUAUGUAUUAUUAGUAAUUAUUUGUUGUAAAGAGCGAUACAAUUGUGCAGCGUUUACCUUAGUAAGUUGACCGAGUGGAGCUCGUGCGAGUAAGUGGAGGCGAGGCUAAUUAGCAUAUUCAAAGAUCCGAGUAAACUAAAUGAAGUAAGGGUGUAGAGAUACAUUCAAGCUAUUUUAAGACAUGAAGAAUUUUUUUUUUCACAGGAAAAAACGUUAAAAUAUGUAAUUUUGGUGAUCACAUUUUGGUGAACAUGAGUUUAAAGGGAUAAAACGACUAACUACAGUCCUGUUGUACAAUUAUUCUCCACCAGGGGGCCUCAGCAAACUUUCACAGUCAUUCAUUUCACUGGCUCAAAAAAUUUGGGAACAUUUCUACAUUCAUGUCAGUUGUGUGAGAUAUGUUAUGGAAAUAUAAUAUUAGGAUAUAUUCUUUCUUGACAAGAGGGAAUGUUAAUGUUUUGUUCCACAGUGUUCUAAGUAUUUAUCCCAAUUUUAAUGAAUUCUGUUAAACAUUCCCACAUAAUAUUCCUGGACUGACACGUCCACAUGUCUUCAAAAUACCAGCAGAUGUUUUCAUAGGUGUGUUUCUCAUUCUGAUCAUGGCAGAGGUGUUGAACCUUGGUUGGCAUUGACCCCUAGAGGAGGAUCAGUGCUGUUAGGGAAUGCUUUCCGGGUUCUGUUGCCCCAUAUUCCCUGAUCCCAGCGGUGACCUCAUCAUCCUCUGCCCUCAGCUGUGGUUCGCUGACCCCUCGGCAGUCCCGUCCUGUAAGAGAAUAACUUCUAAUGUCACAUGGUGAAGGUUCUGUUUCAGUGUAAGAUAAAGUGACAUCCAAAAAAUGGAUACGUUUUAGAAUAGUUUAAUAUUUACAGUAAUGAUUUUAUUAUUAUAUCUUUAUUUGCAGGUUUAAGUAAUAAUAAAAAAGUGUAAAUAAUAUGCUCUCAGACUUAUUUAAUCCAUCAUAUCUCCAUUGCUGGUACUCUAGAAGGUGUUUGGCUGUUCCUCAGUGGUGUAAACAUUACAAAGUGACCUUCAUUUGACUCUAAAAUCGGUCUAAUAAAGUGUUUCCCUUUGAAUUAGGCACUUUGAAGUGAUGCAGUAAAUCAAGCUGAAGUAACGAGCAUCCUGCAGGAGUUCAGUCAGCUCUUUAGCUGCUUUAGGUUGUUCCUGUAUUUGUCUCGUUCCUCUCAAAUGACAUUCCCUUCACUGCUCCUACAGGAAGACAGAGUGUCCUGAGGGCAUUUGGAUCUCAGCUGGUGUCUGAGGUGGAUCUGAGAGUCUUGUCAUCUGCUGCUGCGCUUUCAGUCUGCUCCAGACCUCGGAUUAAUAUGGACUCAGAUUAGUUUGUUUUAUCAUGUUAAGUGUGUUAUUUAGGUGCAGGACUCAGCGUAUGAGGAUGGAUAUGUUAUUUUAUUCUUUAAUCAUUCUAAUUCAUGGAAUUAAUGCAGCAUCCCGUUCUGGAAAAGACCUGAUGCCGCACAUGCCAAAUGUGUGUGCUGAUCAGGAGGUGAAGCUUGUGGCCCAGAUGCAGCCGUGUGUCCAGGCCUUCACACGGAUGGUUAAAGCCUGGAAACAAGGAUGCCAGGGACAAUCCUGGUGCAUGGGAUACGAGAGGAGAACGGCUUACUACACUGCAUAUAGACAAGUGUAUCGACAGGAAUACCAGAGGGUUUACAAGUGCUGCUCCGGAUGGUCACGGCUCAACGGGGAGGCCGGAUGCCUGUAUCCUGUUUGCAGUUAUGGCGUGUGCUUUAAUGGAGGUCAGUGUAGAGAAGGUUCUGCUCAACUCUGUGACUGUCCGACCGGCUUCAGUGGUCCGAGCUGCCAGUACGACGUGAACGAGUGUGAAGAGACCAAUGGAGGGUGUGAAGCUCUGUGCUGUAACACUAUUGGCAGUUUCUACUGCAAGUGUCCCGCAGGUCAGGAACUCAAGGAGGACGGCAAGACCUGCCAGGAUAUUGACGAAUGCCAGGUGCAUAACGGUGGCUGCCAGCACAAGUGUGUGAACACCAGGGGUUCGUAUCACUGCCAGUGUAACGCUGGAUCUCGACUGCAUGUGGACGGACGCACCUGCAUCGCCGUCCUCUCCUGCGGCGUCGGGAACGGAGGCUGCGAGCAUUUCUGCGUCCAGAAGACGGCGGGUCAUUUCCAGUGCCGCUGUCGACCCGAUUACAGACUCGAUGCGGACGGGAAACACUGCAAAUUGGAGAAUCCGUGUGCGGAGCAGAACGCCGGUUGUUCCCAGGAGUGCCGCAGGGAUGGAGAUCAGGCUCGCUGUGAGUGUCGUCCAGGAUAUCAGCUGGCUGAAGAUGCCAAGACCUGUGAAGACAUUGACGAGUGCCAGACGGGCCAGGCGGACUGCGCUCACGGCUGCCGUAACACUAGAGGAUCUUUCAUGUGUGUGUGUCCUGCUGCCUAUGAGCUGGGUGUUGAUGGCAAGCAGUGCUAUCGUAUCGAGAUGGAGAUCAUAAACAGCUGUGAUCAUAAUAACGGCGGUUGUUCUCAUCACUGCGAACAUUCAACCAGUGGACCCGUGUGCAGCUGUAACCAAGGAUACCAGCUGGACGACGACCACAAGACCUGCAUCGAUAUAAACGAGUGUGUCGACGGCAGCUCGUGUUGUGAACAUGACUGCACAAACUAUCCUGGAGGUUAUGAGUGUUACUGUACAGCUGGAUAUCGUCUGAACGCUGAUGGAUGCAGCUGUGACGAUAUAGAUGAGUGUCUGGCUGCAAACGGAGGAUGUGAUCACACGUGUCUGAACAGCGCCGGCUCCUUCCUGUGUUCCUGUAGACGCGGGUAUCGUCUCGAUGAAGACAGACGCUCCUGUAUAUUGCUAGAGGAGUCGGUCGAGGCAUUGAGCAGCGGUCAGACGGUGAAGAAACCCCGACCUCAACUCACCAUCCUGCAGGACUAUGAGCAGAUCCUGGAGCGAUACGACGACUAUGAGGACGACACGGGAGAACUGCGCGCUGAGAACACCUUAACUGAGAAAUUCAUAUGUUUGAAUGACUCGUUCGGCUUCGACUGCAGUCUGUCAUGUGAGGACUGUGCUAACGGAGGAGUGUGUAACAAACACAGGAACGGCUGUGACUGUCCUGACGGAUGGACGGGAAUCGUUUGUAAUGAAACGUGUCCGGAGGGCUGGUUCGGCAGGAAUUGCUCAUUGAGCUGUAAGUGUAAGAACGGCGGUGUGUGUGAUCCGGUCACUGGGAGCUGCCGCUGUCCACCAGGGGUCAGUGGAGAGCAGUGUCAGGACGGUUGUCCUAAGGGUCUCUAUGGGAAGUUCUGUAAUAAGAAGUGUAACUGUGCUAAUAAUGGACGGUGUCAUCGAACUUAUGGGGCGUGUCUGUGUGACCCGGGACUGUACGGAAGGUUCUGCCACCUAUCGUGUCCUAAGUGGAUGUUCGGUCCAGGAUGUUCUGAAGAGUGUCGGUGUGUCCAGCAGAACACUGUAGAGUGUAACCGUCGCCAUGGAGCCUGCAUCUGCAAGCCUGGUUACCAGGGAGACAGCUGUAAAGACGAGUGUGAAUCAGGCUUCUUUGGCACUGGCUGUGAGAAGAAAUGCUCCUGUCCGGAUGGAGUGACCUGUGAUCAUGUGACUGGAGCCUGCCAACCACAGUGUCCAGCUGGAAAGAGAGGAGACAAAUGUGACCAAGAUUGUGUUGAUGGAAGAUUUGGGAUUGGCUGCUCUCAGUCAUGUGACUGUUCAGGGGCACCAUGUGACAGGAUCACUGGCCAAUGCAUGUGUCCCGCUGGAACGUUCGGAAAACGUUGUGAAAAAGAGUGUGCGGAGGGUCGCUGGGGUGUUGAAUGUCGGGAAACGUGUCCGGCUUGUGAGAACGGAGGCCAAUGUGACCGGCGUAACGGCACGUGUGUUUGCGCUCCUGGAUUCAUCGGCAGAUUGUGUCAGAACACGUGUCCCGCGGGCCGCUUCGGUGUGGGCUGUCAGCUCAGAUGUACGUGUGAUAAUGGAGGACGCUGUCAUCCUGUAACCGGCCGCUGCUCGUGUCCUCCUGGCUGGACGGGCCACAUCUGCAGGAAGGCCUGUAACGCGGGCCGCUGGGGUCAGGACUGUGCGAGUGUGUGUGACUGUGGAAACAGUGACGGAGGGUGUGACGCUCAGACCGGACGCUGUCAGUGUGAGGCGGGUUUCACUGGACCUCGAUGUGACCAGAAAUGCCCUGCUGGUUCAUUUGGACCAGGCUGUAAGCAUCGCUGCCAGUGUGAAAACGAGGCAUCAUGUGACCAUGUGGGCGGAGCUUGUACCUGUAAGAUUGGCUGGACUGGAACGUUCUGUGAAAAACCUUGUCCGCAGGGUUUCUAUGGUCUGGAUUGUCAGCAGAAGUGUGUGUGUAUGAACGGGGGUCUCUGUGAUCACGUCAAUGGUGAAUGUUCCUGUCGGCCUGGCUGGAUUGGUCCACACUGUAACCAAACGUGUCCCGCUGGAUUGUAUGGAGCGAGCUGUUCUCAGACGUGUGUUUGUCACAAUAACAGCAGCUGUGAUGCUGUAAGCGGUCAGUGCGAGUGCAGCGCAGGGUGGACGGGAGAGUCCUGCUCACAGCGAUGUUCUCCAGGUUUCUUCGGGGUGGGCUGCUCUCAGAGCUGUCUGUGUCAGAACGGGGGCUCGUGUGACCCUGUGAGCGGCCGCUGCUUCUGUCCCAGCGGCUGGACGGGAUCGGCCUGUCAACUGGAAUGCGCAGCGGGUCGGUUCGGGUCAGACUGUCAGGACAGAUGUGAGUGUCAGAACAGCGGUCAGUGCGACAGACAGACGGGUCAGUGUGUUUGUCAGCCGGGCUGGACGGGAGAGCGGUGUGAGAACGCGUGUGUAUCCGGGCGGUUUGGAGUCGGCUGCGAGGGCCACUGUCAGUGUGACCACAGCGCCCCCUGUCAUCAUGUGAGUGGACAGUGUUUCUGUCCUGCAGGAUGGAGAGGAAGACGCUGUGAGAAAGCGUGUCUGCCGGGCUCAUAUGGUCAGGACUGUGUCCAGCGCUGCUCCUGCCCGUCGGGCACAUCAUGUCAUCACGUCACCGGAGACUGCGGCUGUCCUCCUGGGUACACGGGCAACGGCUGCGAGCACAUCUGUCUGCCCGGCACAUUCGGCAUCAACUGUAAUCAGGUGUGUCAGUGUUCAGAGAGAAACCAGCUGUGCCACCCGGUGUCUGGAGUGUGUUACUGCGCGCCCGGAUUCACCGGACCCAAGUGUGAAGUGGCGUGUGCUGAUGGCUUCUACGGUCCCGGCUGUGAGCAUCGGUGUCAGUGUUUGAACGCCGGAGUUUGUCUUUCCGUCUCGGGCGCCUGCGAAUGUUCGGCCGGAUUCAUCGGGGCUCGCUGCAAUCUCACGUGUCCAGCCGGACGGUACGGGCGGGACUGUGCCCAUGUGGCCAUCUGUGGAAAGGGGUCGAGAAACGAUCCGAUCACAGGCAGAUGUGUCGGAGAUGAACAAGUCUGUCCCGCGGGCUGGUUUGGAUCCGGGUGUUCUCGGCGCUGUGACUGCAGUGACAGAGGCCUGUGUGACGCCCGCUCUGGAAACUGCUCCUGUGGCCUCGGCUGGACCGGCUCACGCUGUGAGAAAGAAUGUCCCGCGGGUCGAUACGGUCCUGACUGCGCUCUUCAGUGUUUGUGUCUGAACAACAGCACAUGUGACCGAGUAACAGGAAGCUGCCAGUGUGAAGCAGGAUAUUACGGACAUCUGUGUGAACAUGCGUGUCCUGCCGGUCUGUUCGGGUCUCGCUGUCGGCAGCGGUGUGACUGUAUGAACGGGGCGUCCUGCCACCCGAGAACCGGACAGUGUCUCUGUCCCGCGGGAUUUCACGGCUCUCGUUGUGAGAGAGAAUGUGAGCAGGGAACGUUCGGUCUGAACUGCUCUCGAUCAUGUGACUGUGCGGAUGACACACCAUGUGACCCGGUGAGCGGCAGGUGUAUCUGCCCCUCGGGAAAGACAGGAGUGAGGUGUGACAGCGACUGCAGUGUGAACCGGUACGGGCCGGACUGUGCGCUCGCCUGUGAAUGUGAAAACGGAGCUCAGUGCGACAGCAGAAACGGACGCUGCGUGUGUCUGAACGGCUGGAUUGGUCUCACGUGUUCAGAACGUGGACGUCCAGAGCUCGACUCCAGAAGUGCAGAAGAGAGUCGGUCAUCAUAGCACUAACACACACACUCAAUAAAGACAGGGAAGCACGAGUGUGUUUAAAACUGUGUGAAGAAUCCUCGUAUCAAACAGACGGCAGGAGGUUGUGUUGGCCGCUCUGUUUCAGAAGAGCUGCGGUCCUGCUGUGCUUCAUGAUGGGUGAUGGACAGCAGACUCGAUCAUGUUCACACACACACAGAUGCACUUUACUUCUGUCGGCCAGAGCUCAUACUUGAUCAUUCACCGCUCUUUCAGGGUAUUUUAAUGUUGUGUGUUGAAGUACUGUUGUGAUAUAGGAUUCACAUUAAACAGGAGAAAAGUGCCUAUAUUUAAAAACAUUUAAAGUCCCAGAUUGUCACUCAUUGUUUACCACAGACUGCAACAUGCGAUAAAAGCGUUGUGGAUGUCAAUGUCAAGAUCUUGAACUGAAGAUGAAGUGAUGUUUCAUGGUGCUCUGAUGCCCUUUUAUUAAAGGAGGGUCUGUAUAUGUUUAUAUUAGAAAACAUCAUGAACGGCUGCAUUUUUAAUGCAUUUGUUCUAUUGCUUCAUUUUCUUUGUUUUGUAUAAAGUUUGAGUUAUUUAUAUAUUUUGUACAAUAUGCAAUGUUAAAUGUUAAGCAAACUCUUUAAUGUGUGACCCUCUUACAGAAAAAUGAUUUUUACUCAUGCACCAAAAAGUUAAUUCUGGAAUACUAGACUUUUAUUUGUUGAAAAAGCAUGUAUUAUGCAUAAAUGUUUCAAGCAGUUGUGCGCUCUAGGUUUAAUUAAAGUGCUGUCAAGUUUUUAAAAAAAAAAUUUGUGAAACAUUCUUCAGAAUAAAAGUCUUCUUAACUA